CUAGUCAUACCCCUGUACGAAUCACGCAAAACAAAAAGCGUCAAUCUCCGUGUUUUGGUCGGCCCAGAACCAGACCCAGUUUACGCAUUCAACAGGUAGUUGUUUAUUAUCAUUUGGUAUUUUUAAACAUGGCAAACAGAACAGUUACCCAAGCAGUGAGUCCUGGUUGGCUGAACGGCAGCACUAGCUGUUUCAUUCCCGGCUGCUCUGGUGUGGAAUUGGCGGGCAAGCGAGACUUUUUCAACAUGUCCUUCGGAGAUUUACGCCACUGGUGGAGAAGCACCGCUUGGGUUGCCAAGUACAAUACCGAAUUGCCGGAUGAUGCCCGAAUAUGCGAUAGACAUUUCGAGGAACGAUUCAUUGAUCGGACCAGGAAGAAACCUCGAUUGCUGGUCGGCACUAUACCUACGCUCGGUUUGGAGAUAUUGGAACAGGUCAACGAUAAAGAUCAACAAAGCGAAACAAACCAGAUAGACUUGUAUUGCCGAUUGUGUGCCAAAAAGAUGAAACGGCCGAUGAAGUUCCAACUGGAGCAGCUGGGUAAUAUGAAGACAAUAAUCGAAUGUUGCUUGGGCAAAUACAAAACAGAACUAGGCCUCCCGAGUGGUGUUUGUUAUGACUGCAUGGCUGAGGUGACCCAUUUUUCAGAGUUUGCUAAAAAGUGCGAACAAUCUCAAUCACAAUUGUUGCAACUCGUAAGAAUGGAAGCGUCGAAAGAUGCGGAAGUUAAUUCGUCGAACGCUGUGCCUUCCAGUGCGAACAAAGAGAAUAAUCUUGCCAAUGCAACGAGAACGGAACAAUCGAUGGACGAAUCUUUGUGUAUAAAUGCAGAUGCAGAUGGAACACAACAUUGUCCCGGUAAUACAGUGUCUGACAAUCGAGAGCAGUCUAGGAGUAAACCUUUUCGAGAAUCAUGCUCAGAGUGCGACAAAGCGUUCAGCAAUCCGCAAAGCUAUCAUGCCCACAUAAAGGCUCAUGCCGUUAUGAAGCAGCAUCUGAUUUGUCACAUUUGCGACAAAAGGUUCCAUCUGAAACGCGAACUUCGCAUCCAUCUAGAGUCUGUACAUGGGGGGAAACGGUUCGAGUGUCACAUCUGUGGCAAGGUUGUCAAUUGGCAGAAAACUCUAGCGAGUCAUAUGCGAGAGCACAGCAGAGACCUCAAGUAUACAUGUACCGUUUGCGACACAUCCUUUCCUUCGUCGGCCAAACUUAAGCUGCACCAAUCUACAGCCCACGGGAGGGAACGAUUCAAAUGCGGAGCCUGUGACGCUUCCUAUUGGUCGGAUAAAAUGCUUGCACGGCAUAAGGAACGUGCUCACAACGUGGAUCCGAUCAGUGACGACGUGAAUGUCGAAUAGUGGACCCUGUAUCGAAACUUUGCGGCAAGAGAACCGAAGCGUUAACCCAUCCAAACGGAGGCGAUGUUCACUUUGGUCGAGAAUUCCCGCAUACAAAUGUAUACUUACUUUAACAUUUCUAAAAAAUCUUCAGUUUGGUUUUUAAUCAGUAUUGAAUAAAUCAAGAAGUUAAAAUUUCUAAA